UUUUUGCAGGAGUGGCUGCUGGCUGGAAGUUUAAAGUGGAAAAUCAUGUCUUCAGACAGGGAAGAAGCUGUACAGUCCAUUCGUGCAACUGAGAAAGGUGAUGGAUCGAGCGAUGCUUAUCGUGGCUGGGCCAAGACCUAUGAUGAACAGUUGGAGAAGAUGGAAUGGGCUGCUCCCAAGAGUAUUGUUACCAAAUGGAUGGAGCAUUACAGCCCUGAGUCCCUCCAGGCUCAAGCAGCUAGUGGAAGGAAGCAUAGGAUACUGGAUGCAGGCUGUGGUACUGGGCUAGUAGGUGAAUACAUGGGGACUGUAUUUCCAAUGGAUAAUGUUGAGCUCUAUGGUGGUGACAUCACUCCUGAGAUGCUGGAGGAAGUGAAAGCGAAAAAAGGCAACGCUGGCUAUGUUGAUCUUCAAGUGAUCGACUUAAAGAAAGAGCUUCCAUAUGAAGAAGAGUUCUUUGAUAGUGUCAUUACUUGUGGUGUAUUCCUUGUAGGUCACUGUGGCCCGGAUUGUCUUCCCAACAUAUUCAGGGUACUGAAGAAAGGUGGCCUUCUCAUUACCACUUCUCGUAAAACGUUUUAUGAAGAGGCGAAAGACGAUUGGGAUAAAUAUAUGAAGGAAUCUAAUUGCACGCUGCUCGAAUCAUGUGACAUACCUUAUCACACUUUGGAAAAAGGAAUAAGUCUUGUUAUCAAGAAAAACAAUUAGACUAACUGAAGUUCUGUGUUAGAUAAUGAUAGAUACCGUUAGAAUUUUAUUUAUAAAUUUAAAAGUUUAUUGUUGCACAAGUCUUUUAAUGAGUACCUUA